ACAUCAUACUCGACUAGUUUUAAAACCUCAAGAAGACAUCUAGCGAAGGAUUUCAUCAUUCGAAUUGAUUGUCUCGAUAAAACUAGUUCGAAUCUUUAAACAUUGUUUCGUUAUCAACGGUCUUACAAAGUAGAGAUAAAAUCCUAACCUAUAAAAAUUACACUUUGAAAAUGGCUGCCGAUCUGAAAAAAGUAACGCACUGUAUUUUUGAUAUGGACGGAUUAUUAUUAGAUACAGAGAUUUUAUACUCCAAAGCUUUCAAUAUGAUUUCUCAAAAAUAUGGUAAAGAAUACACUUGGGAACACAAAAUAAAGAUUAUGGGAUUUAAGAGUAAUGAAUCUGCGAAAGCAAUUGUUGAAAUGUUGGAUUUACCAAUUAGUGGACCAGAAUUUGAAAAUCAGCUUGCAGCUAUAUAUAUGGACAUUUUUCCAAUGUGUAAUUUAAUGCCAGGUGCGGAACGUCUUUUAAAUCAUUUAAAAAACAAUAAUAUUCCAAUUGCACUUGCAACAAGUUCUAGUCAAUCAACUAGUGAUAUAAAAACACAGAGAUGGGAGCACAUUUUUGAUCUGUUUCAUCAUAAAGUUUAUGGUGGUACAGAUCCAGAGGUGCAAAAUGGAAAACCACAUCCUGAUAUAUUUUUUGUAGCUGCCCAACGAUUUCCUGACAAGCCUAAACCUUCAGAGUGCCUAGUAUUUGAAGAUUCUCCAAAUGGAGUAGAAGCUGCUGUUGCUGCAGGAAUGCAAGUUGUAAUGGUGCCGGAUCCUUUGUUGGAUAAAAAAUAUUAUCAAAAUGCAACAAUUGUAUUGAAAAGCCUUGAAGAUUUUCGUCCAGAACUAUUUGGUUUACCACCGUUCUAAUUAAAAAAAAAUUCAGUAGCCAUAACUUCUUCUGAACAUAAUUCUAAAUCGAUUUUUCUGAACAAGGAUUUAUUAGAAAAUUAAGAACUUAUUAGACGAAACUAUUUUCUUGGGAUUUCGAUAAAUAGUUAAGUUCUCAUUUAAAUGUACAAAUAAUUUUGUUUAACAAAUGUAAUACUUUUAUAAAAUUGGGAAAUCAUUUUUAUUUUGAAUGAAUUCUUGUUUAUAAAAGUCGAUCAAUAAUUAUCCUUAGGAGAAUUAGGUAAUUAUACAGUAAAUCACUGCAAUGUGCUGCAUAGAUUUAUCAUGUGGUUAUGCUUGUGUCAUUAUACUAUGCCACUUCAAGAAAUAAGCAUACCUGAUAUUCGGUAAACAAUUUAAUUAAUAUUUACUGUGUUAUUAAAAAAAAAAAAAAAAAUAAA